UUGACAAUAAAAUGUUUUGAAGUGUUGAUCAUGCAUUCAUUGAUUACCUAUCUAUGAUUGUAAAAAACGCAAAUUCUAAUAAAUCAGUUUAGAUUUUUGUGUAUGCAAAAUUUUAAUAAUAUAGUUUGUCAGGUUGGGGAUAGGGGUAAUUCUAAUAUAAAUAAUUUACUCUUAUCUGAUAAAGAAAAUGCUGUUGUUUGUAACUUUAUUUUGUGUUUUGUGGGUGUUAUUGGAAAAUUUAAACCAUGCAUAUUUUUUAGCCUAAAAUGUAAUCUUUGAAACGCAACAAUGUAUUACCAAACACUAAACCCAAAUAGGACCAAAAACCUUAUAGACUACUUCGAAGAGAAAAUUUCCGAGAAUAUGAUUAGCACUAAAAAGAAAAAACGUACACCUGGCAAAGAAGAAGACGAAUUAAAUAAAGAGUUAACUCAACGUGUUUCUACUCGAAGUUUAAAGCAGCCAAAAGAAAAACCAGUUUUGAAAGUAAAUGAUGAAAAACGUCAAACUUUAAGAACCAAAACAACUCAGAAUAGGAACAAUACCAGUUUUUUAGAUAAAUUAUUAUUUGGUCCUGCAAUUGCCAAACCAAAACACGUAAACUCAAAUGAUUAUGGAAGCCUUAGAGUAAAAAGUACACCAAGAAGCUAUUCCACAAAUAGUGCUAGUACUUCAUCAUCAAGUUCCAGCGAAGUGAAACCAUUUAGCAAUAUAAAAAUAAAAAUUGAUGAGAAUAAUGAUCUGGAAUUUGUCGAUAGUACACCAAACAAGUUUGAACGACAUCACUCAGUUAAUAGGAGUAUACGAAAAAAACGACAAAAAGAAAGGGCUCAAAGUGAACAUGCAAAAUCUAGUCAACAUUUAACAGUUGAAACAAUAGUCAAAAAUAGUGAUAACAAGGAAGAGAAACCCAUAGUUAAAAAUGAUGUAGUUAGUCCACUAAAACAAACACCAACUACCAAAACUCCCAAAAAAGUAUCAAAAAGUGGAUCAUUUUCAGAAAAAGUGGGACCUCUCUUGAGGCGAAGUUUUUCCCUAAAUAAAUCAGACAGCGAUUCUGUUAGUGCAUCUUAUUUAAGUACAAACAAAAAGGAUCCUUCACCAUCAGCCAAUGGUAAAUUAAAAAAUGAAAUCAAAACUGGAAACGGAAAUGUAAUUGAAAGAAAGCUUUCCUCGUCCACAUUUUAUGUGGAAAAAAUUUGUGAUUAUAAAAAAAACGAAAAUAAAGUAAUCUUGGAAAUAGAAGCAAAUAAGGUCGAUGGAGUCUGUAAAAUAAAUAAAAGAUACAAAAAACAAAAAGAAACUAAAAAAUGUGAACUCUUCCGAAAAAGUCUUAUACAAGAAUUUAACGAUUCAAUCAUAAACGAAGCCACAGAUUUUAUUGAAACUGAUGAUGAUGUUUUCAUGAAAAUUAUGGACGGGCAAAACGUCGAAGAAAAAGAAGAGAACUUGGAUUUCGGAAUUGUUAGUGGGGAAGAAAGUUACGAAAUUGUUGAAGCUAUUAAUGAAGUUGGUGAAGAGUUAAGGAUAAAUGUUAUUUGUAUGGAACAAAGGGAGAGAUUAGUGAGUAACUCAGAGCAGGAAAGUGUUAAAUACUACAUGAAAAAAAACGAAGAUGUGGAAGAUAUUGUGGAAGAUUAUCUAGGCGAUGGAACUAUUUUAUUAUCUGCUGGUAAAAAAUGUAAUACAGAAAUUAUGUGCAGUAGUGAAGAUAUUUCCAAUUCAUGCAAGACUGAUAUUAUAAAUGAUAAUGAUCAUUUUAUAUUUGAAUUAAAUGACAACCUUCAAUCAACUAUACCAGAUAAUCGCUACUCUAUAUGUAAUAAUAAUGAAGAUUUGGAUAUUUCCCCUUUACCUAUCAAAGAAAAAGAAAUGGUUGAAAUAAGAGCAAACACAAAUAGAACUGCAUACAAUAAUGGUAUAAGAGAAACCACUACAGAUAACCUGGGAAAUGUAAGGAUUGAAUUAUUUAUGCCUGUUAGUCAGGACAUUAAUCAGACUAUUCAAAUGACAGAUAGGCUGAAAUCUAUUAUAAACGAAUUGAUUGAAACAGAGAGAACUUAUAUUCGUGGUUUAAAAAAGGUUGUAAGAGACUACAUGGAUUAUGUUUCCAAAAAUUGUCCGACAUGUGUGAUAGGAAUGGAUUCGUAUUUAUUUGGAAAUAUAUCGGAAAUAUAUACAAACCAAAAAAAAUUUUAUUUGCAACUUAAAAAAGUUGGUUUGGAUGUUGAAGCUAUAGUUAAUACAUUUCAUGAUCAUAAAAAGUUAUUCGAGCUAUAUCCACCAUAUUUUAAGUCAAAAAAACAUUCCGAAAGGUUAAUGGAGUCGUUUAAAUUUGUUAUAGAGAAAAGACAACAAGAAUUAGAAGAUAAGUUAAGCUUGAAUUCAUAUCUACUCACUCCAGUUCAAAGAUUGGGAAAAUACAUAUUACUUUUAAAAGAAAUCAAAAAAGAGCUGGGUAAAACUUUAAGUGAUUACAGGGGUGUUGAAGAUGUUAUACACCUUCUUGAAAUGUUUAUGUCCCAAGGAAAUAACGAACUUGCAAUCGAUUCAAUAAAAAAUCAUCCCUAUGAAAUAACCGAGUUUGGGGCAUUCUUGUUAAGAGACGAUUUUGAAGUAUCUAUAAAAAGAAAAUGGAAGACUACUAUGACUGUUUUCCUUUUCAAGAAAUUGGUGGUUUUUACAAAAUCAGAUUCUCCACAUCAAGAUAAUUUUAUUUUUGAGUACGGAAUAUCAAUAGAGAAUUUAUACAUUUGUUCUGAUCUAUCGCAGAAGAAUUUAAAGUUAAGUAAUUUUCUGGAAAGUAAAAGGGAUUCUAAAAAUUUUGUUAUAAUGGAAUGCAAAAUUGAUGGGGUGCUAGAUAAAUGGUAUUCCACCAUGAAGGAGUUGCUAUGGGAACAGUUAAAUAGAAUAAAAGCUUUACAUAGCACUGGGGCUAAUAAGGAGGAACAAAUAAUUAAAAAUAAAUCAACAGAAAAUUCACCCAGUACUUUUCUAAACAUGAACUUACCGACAAGUACAAAAUGUGAACGAAAAUCAACAUUUUACUUGAAAAAUUUUAUAUAAUUUUUGAACUUAUUUAUGUAUGUAUAUUUUUGUAUAUAUUUUUUAUUCCCUA